AUGGGAAAAGUAGUUCUUUGUUGUUGUAUAUUUUGUCAAAAUGAAACCAAUAAUGUUGGAAAAUUAGCAAGCAUCUCUUCCAGAACAAGACAUCGACGAAGAGAAAGAGAGAUUCAAAGUUCACAUAACAUACUACAUAGUAUCCCAUCGGUCAAUAUGCAAACUUUGAAUAUAUCUGGUGAUGACAUGCAAAUUUAUAGUAUGUUGGAAAGCUAUAAAAUCAAUAUUUCUGAAUUAAGUAGCCUUUUAAAAAGUAACAAUGAAUCGGAACUAGAACAUAAAGAAGAAGCUAACAAGUUAGAAUUGGAGCCUGAAGAAGCUGAUGAGUUAGAAUUAGAGCUUGAAGAAGAAGCUGAUAAAAUGGAGUUAGAACUUGGAGAAGGUGUUAAUGAGCAAGAAUCAUUGUCUUUUAUAUCAAUAAACUCUUUAGAUGAAACAUCUGAUUUUUUGACAAAUAGAACUUUCAUAGAGUUUGAAAGUAGUGAUGAUCAAAGUUCUGAACUAGAAGAAGAGAGUAGUAAUAAUAGAUAUAUUCCUGAUAUUG